UUUAUCCUUCGUCUUGUCACUUUUCUGUAUAUUGUCACUGCUCCACUUGCAUUUGCAUCUUGCCAGUCACGGUGAGGUGACCGCCUAGCUGGCUCACAUACGACGCUUCCCAUGCGAAUUUCUCUCUCUCUCUCUCUCUCUCUCUCUCUCUCUCUCUGAUAUUGUAAGUCCUUCGAUUAAUUAACCAGCAGCCAGCAGGCAGCGACGCCAGGAGGUUCUUUCAUUACUUUUUUCCUCUGAAUCUAUCGAACGAAUUAAGGAUGGCGGAAAUUGGCGACGGAUUUGCAGAGGCCACUCGGGAAGGAGACGCCGGUGCAGCUUUCGUCUUGGAAUCCAAAGGGGAGUGGUGGCAUGCCGGAUUUCACCUAACGACGGCCAUCGUGGGACCGACGAUUCUGACGCUGCCGUACGCGUUCAGGGGACUGGGCUGGGGCUUGGGCUUCUUCUGCUUGACGGUGAUGGGCAUCGUCACCUUCUACUCCUACUACCUCAUGUCCCUCGUCCUCGAUCACUGUGAGAAAGCCGGUCGCCGGCACAUCCGCUUCCGCGAGCUCGCCGCCGACGUCCUGGGGUCUGGGUGGAUGUUUUAUUUUGUAAUAUCCAUCCAGACAGCCAUCAACACCGGCAUUGGCAUAGGAGCUAUCUUGCUGGCAGGUGAAUGCCUACAGAUCAUGUAUUCGGACCUUUCCCCAAAUGGGACCCUGAAAUUGUACGAGUUCAUAGCCAUGGUGACAGUGGUAAUGAUAGUUCUUUCUCAGCUUCCGACUUUCCACUCCCUCAGGCACAUCAACCUUGUUUCACUUAUCCUCAGCUUGGGCUACACUUUUCUUGUGGUUGCUGCUUGUAUUCAUGCAGGAACCUCUAAAAAUGCCCCACCAAGGGACUAUUCUUUAGAAACGUCAGAGUCAUCAAGGGUUUUCAGUGCCUUCACUUCCAUCUCCAUAAUCGCCGCCAUUUUUGGGAAUGGGAUACUACCUGAAAUACAAGCAACUCUGGCUCCGCCAGCCACUGGGAAGAUGCUGAAAGGCCUUUUGAUGUGCUACUCCGUAAUCUUCGUCACUUUCUACUCGGCGGCAGUGUCGGGGUACCUGGUGUUUGGGAGCAAAUCUAAUUCAAAUAUUCUCAAGAGCUUAAUGCCGGACGAAGGACCUUCGUUGGCACCAACAUGGGUUUUAGGCCUUGCAGUCGCAUUUGUACUGCUUCAGCUCUUUGCCAUUGGCCUGGUUUACUCUCAAGUAGCGUUCGAGAUCAUGGAAAAGAAAUCGGCAGACACGAAGCAAGGCUUGUUCUCGAGAAGGAACUUGAUCCCGAGGCUAUUUCUGCGGACUCUGUACAUGAUGAUGUGCGGCUUCUUUGCAGCAAUGCUGCCAUUCUUUGGGGACAUUAACGGGGUGGUAGGAGCAAUUGGGUUCAUCCCUCUGGAUUUCAUACUUCCCAUGCUUCUCUACAACAUGAGCUUUAAGCCCCCGAGGUCAUCCCUCACCUACUGGAUCAACUUGUCUAUUAUGAUCACCUUCACGGGUGCCGGAAUGAUGGGCUCGUUCUCUUCAAUAAGGAAGCUGGUUUUGGAUGCCAAGAAGUUCAAGCUCUUCAGCAGUGACGUUGUCGACUAGGGACUUUUAGACCCCAAAUCCCUAAACCUAAUCCCAAACGCACCCCACUGCCUGGGGGGAUGUAGAAUUAAUGGAAAUGCUUGCUUGCCUCCGUCUCUA